AUGUCUGUAAGGAUCAAACAAUGGCUGCAGGGGCGUAUUGACCUAAGGGAUGUUCACAACCAAGCGGAAGGGUCUUCACCGAUCAGCUACCCGGCUCACGGUGUCUACUGCAGGCCCUUGAAGACGGUCAGGUUAAAAGGAGUUCACAUAGAUUGGUUCGAAGCCAGUGUUGUCCAAGAUCAAACACAGCUAACGGUACAACUAAGUGCAGAAAAGGGGGUUUUCGACCUCGCUAGCAGUGUGGACAAUGUAGCUGUGGAGGGGGAAGGGACCGCGCAGUUGACCAUCCGCACGACUAGCCCAUCUCUGUUGAACAGACAACUGCAGUACAUCGUGUAUCGGAACACACUAUAUGAUGCGAACACAUUCGACUUAGUGCGGCUUCAAUAUGCCGGUUUCACUGCAACUAUGCCGAUACACAUCCAGCAGGUACAGUUGCCCUGGCUAUAUGAUCAAAAAGGAGGGAAGUUCCAAGACAGAGUGACUGUGGUGGUAAAGACCUUCCUCCGGUACAGCAAUCUCAAGAGGCUCAUCGCCUCCUUCCAAGAGCACUACCCAGGGACGAGAAUGGUCAUUGCAGACGACACCCCCAGCGAGCUCUUCACUAGUGUUCAAGCACCUAACGUCGAUCAUUUCCGGAUGUAA